AUGUCCCCGUAUCCUAAAAUAACCGUCGACCAGCUGGGAAUUUGUCACUUCCUUGGACUUCGACUGGCAGUUUAUCUCUGGCAGGAAAAAGUUCCAAUGGCCAUUGGUAAACGAAAAUUCGAUCGUCAUUUUUACACCGAUCACUCACGUCCUCUUCAGAUCUUCUACAUGGCCGGGCGAUAUUGCCUUUUCUUCGCAUUAAUCGGAAUUUUGAUAGCUCUCGAUACCACAACUGAGAUCAACUGCCAAGCUCUUUACACGUUCAAUCAGCUCGCAGGUGACGCCGCUGUUGGGUUGGCCAGCAUCAACUUGUCCAUUCGCACUAUGGCGGUGUGGUCACAGAGCCUCUACAUCGUGAUUCCUCUCGUCAUUGUCAUCUUAGGGCAUUGGUCCUUGAUCUUGCAAGGUGUUCUGCUCAAGGCCUCAUGGGUCCCCGGAACAGGCUGUGCGAUCACUCAGACAAACAACACCAUUCUCGCGGCGACAUUCAUAUAUUCAAUGUGCUUCGAUGCUCUUGUUAUGACUCUCAAUGUUGUCAAGCUCUUUGGCCGUACUUCGCGAUCGCAACUUGUAUCCUUGCUCUUUAAGGAUGGCCUUAUUUACUUCAUCGUGGCGUUUGUUGCCAAUUUGAUUGCCACGAUAUUCAUGAUCAUGGAUCUCAAUUCGGUCAUGAGUGUCAUCUUCAAUGUUCCUGCCGCCAUAGCAUCCACGAUUGUUGCAUGCCGCGCUGUGCGUCGCUUGAACAAGUUCAAGAACAAUGGUCCGGAGGUGUAUACAACAAGUAGCCAUUCCGGCGCUGUUGCCUUCCGCACGGCCAAUGCGCAGAUCGUUAGCCACGGUGGUCGCCCGAAGUCGGUCGGCCCGAAGGAGCUUUCGGGAGUACAUGUUCAAAUGCAAACCUUCACUGUCGGCGAUGAUGACUUGCCCAACUAUGUACACGAGACACAAUCGAGGCCUGGGGACGUCGAAUCCGCCGUGUCCGAGAUAGACUACAAGACGGAGGCGCUAUAA